AUGGGGUUCACUGAUGGUCAACUAUUGUCGCUUAACGUAUCAGUGCAAGUGACUGCCAUCCUCUCCAUAAUUGGAGCAUUGACAGUUCUUGGCCAUAUAUGGUAUGAUGUAAAAAGAAGACAGCAAAAUCGGAUAACCGCCUUCUUAGCUCUGUCUGAUCUGCUGACAGCGUUGUCGACUGUCUUUGCUCAAUAUCCUAUCAGUGGCUUCCUGUCUAGUGGUUAUCCCACAGUCUCAAGCACUGCAUGUGUGGCUCAAGCCUUUGGGAUUCAGACAUUCUUUAUUGCUUCGGCAUGCUGGCAAGUCGUGGCAUUAUACUUAUUUGUAUUGCAGCAAACUGGGUUUUAA